UCCGAUUCAAAAGGUAGCGAAGAGCUGACCCUUGAGGAUUUAUCUGACAUCUACACCAACUGCGAUGAUGACAGUACCGAACAGCCAGACAAUCACUUGAGGAUGUCCUUUCUGGCUUUACUCUGCUGCUUUCCAUGUGGCAUUGUUGCUCUCUGCAGUGCCUUAAAGGUAAACAGACUGCUGUCGAGAGGAAAACUGAAAGACGCUCUCAAGUCGUCUAAGAAGGCUGAACUCUACUCUAUGAGAGCGUUCUCGUGCAUAAUGCUGUUCGUUGUGUGCCAGCUACUGCUGCUCCUGAGUGGUCUUGUUCUUCUCAUAUGCUUUGCCUUUGACUGCAUUAAGACUAGCUGUCACUGGUAGCAACCUGUCA